UGCUAUGGUUCCUAGUCUUCCUCUGGCCAAGCACAAUAACAUUCAAGAUUUCCACGAUGGCGUUGUUUGCCACUGCAAGGGAUUGGAUCAUCCUCGGCGUUGUCGGCGCCAUUAUCGGUGGUUUAUUCUGGUCCGGACUGAGCGUAUUAACACUCAAGACAAUACUCUUAUGGGUGCUCAUCAGCUUUGGGUUCUUAACUCUCCUGCUACAUGCAUUAGGCUCGCCGAUGACCGGGCUGUUAGCGAAAUUUUUAAAAGGGGAAGAGAAACCUAAAAAAACAAAAUUCAGUAAAGAGGAAUUAAAGAGAGAAAGAGAAAUGCUGUUGAAGGAAAAGCAACGACUAUUUGAUGAAAAGAAUCUUACAUUCACUGAGGAAGUACUUAACCCAAGAAGGGAAGCUAGGCUGCAAAAGAGAGAAGCUGAGCUCAACAGAUUUUCAAAGUGGAAAGGGGGACACAGAUUCAAGAAUUGUCAAUGCGGUCAUCCCCAUGAGGAUGAGGUUGAUGAGCCAUUAUUAGAGCAACUUGAUCUGGCUGACUCUGCCUCUGAAGAAGAGGAGACUGAAAAGACACAGGAGGUGAAGGCUGACAUUGAGAUUCCUUCAGCUAACACACUCAGGAAAAGGAGAAAAAAGCAAGUGGCAUCAUCUGCUCAUACCAAGAUAACUGAAGAACAGCUGGCACCAGAACCAGAUGUUGGAUUAGCAGGGGUCAUCACUGUAGCUCUUAGAUGUCCAAGCGGAAAUACCAAGAAAAGAAGGUUUACAACAAGCUCAAAAAUUCAGGACCUAUAUCAGUAUGCAGAGUUUCUUGGCUAUUCCUCAUCUCAGUACGUCAUCAUGUCCACAUACCCAAGGAAGCCUUUAAAUAACCAAUCAGUAACAUUUGCAGAAGCCUCCCUUACGCAGGAUGUUGUCUUAGUCAUUGAUGAAAUUGAUGAGUAAAUAAUGAUCAAUCAUAUAUUAUUACAAGGAUUAUUAAAAUCAUGAGCUCAAUUUUAA